AUGAGCCAGCCUGACCUGUUCAAUUAUACUUCAGGAAGAUGGAUUUACAACGAGACCUUACGCCUUGCGGAGAGACAACAGUUCUUCAAUAUCGCCCUGCUGAAUCGCAUUGUGGCUGCAUCCAUCGGUCGACCGGACCAGGAUGUAACUUGUAUUCGAAAGCUCGCUGAGGGGGGUCAACCGAUUUAUGCGACCGCGAGUGAGGUGGCAACAAUGGAACUUGUUCGAUUACAUGGCGUUCCGGUACCUCGUAUCCUCACAUAUUCGGCUACCGACCAAAACCCUGUUGGUUCCGAAUACAUCAUCAUGGAGAAAGCUGCAGGAAACGAGCUUGGAGACCUUUGGUAUACCAUGGCGGAACGGCAGCGGCUGAAGAUGAUCUUUGAGAUCGUGAAGAUCGAGGCACUGCUGUUUUCCAUACAACUACCCGGAUAUGGAAGCAUAUACUACGAGCAUGAACUUCCUCCUAGCAUGCGAAGAAUAGGCUUACAACAAGCUGGAGGCAAUGGAAAAUUUUGUGUUGGACCUGAUGCACUUUACAAGUGGUGGCAGAAAGGACGAUCUUCCCUAUCCACAGAGAGGGGACCAUUUUCAGAAACUGGCUACCUUUUAGAAUCAGUUGCGAAGCGGGAAUUGGAAUGGCUACUCGUUUUGGUCGGCCUCGGUUUCCCUUUGAACCGCUGCGCAGAGAGCUAUAUGCAUUCUUUUGAAGUGGUGUCCUUAAUAGAUUGGCAGCACUCGAUUCUUCCCCUAUUUCUUCAAGCCGGGCCGCCAAAAUACUUUCAAAUCUAUGGCGACGCAGUAUCUGAGGACCUUAUCAAGCCCCAACUUCCUUCGGACUUUGAUCAACUCGGGGAAAACGAACAAGAAGCCGCAAGAAUCAAUUUUCAACAACGCCAACUCCAUUAUUACUAUUUCGCGGCCACCGCCAAAUUCAACGACGACCAUUUCAGCGCGUGUACGGAGGAUGAUGUGGUUUUGAAACAACAGCUAUUUCAACAUACCGGCGAUCCUUGGGAGGGUGACAGUGUCACUUUAAAAGCCGAUCUUAUUCGUGUCGUCCAAAAUUGGGAAAGGCUUUAUGCUUCGACGGUUUCAGUCUGUCCACUUCACUAUUCCCCUGCGGAGAUUGAUGGGUGCCUACGGCUCGAGGAGGAGCAGCGCCUUGCGGACGACGACAUGGAGAAAUCUCGAAAUUGUCUCGGGGUGUCUGGUGAUGGCUGGGUCCCGACAGAGAGCGGCGGCGUCGGGAAGCGUGACGCCGACGCCUCCAUCGACGACCUUGUGGACGUCGAGAAGCGCCAGUCCUGGCCCGGUGUGCCUGAUUACAACAUUCAAAUGUGCCGUGAUGCCAAUGUCGGCCGGACCGUGACUGUCUGGGGAACGUCGGUCAACUCUCUCCGUGUUGAGAAUGUGGCCCCUAAGUGCAUGGUUCUGGCCACUCUCUUUACUGAACAGGGAACUCCCAUCCUGUGUGGCUCUGCUUGCCUUGACUAUGUCAACUUGAGUGCGGUUGACAAGCAGAGGCUGAUGGUUAUUGUGCACAAUCUUCUUUGA